AUGGCCCCGCGAGUCAAGAAGUCCGUGAGGAGCGCCGCAUCCCGCGGUAAAGUUGUGCCCGCGAGAGAUGUGAGAGAGACGAAGGAAGCGGCUGGGAGAAGAGCCGAAUCUCCUAGAUCGAGUAGCAGAAGAAGAAGUGAAAGAUCGGCGUCGAAAGUAAAGAAGUAUAAACUAAAGUUGAAAGGAUGGCUGCAAACGCCGCAGGAUUGGGCGCGUUUCGACGCCUGGGCAAAAGUGAACGCUCUACCGAAGCAAUAUCCCGAACCCGAGCCCAUAAUUCGACCGGUGAAACCAUUGCACCUGUUGAGGAAGAGGAUCAAGCUGUUGGCCGAACCAAAGGACACACCUGACCCGAGCGUUUUCUGCAGGCCGCUGGAGCACAAGAUUCCGAAAGCCGCGUUGAAAGCGAAGGCGUCUAGGCGAACGAUCCUGCUCGCCCUGCCGAAUAUAAAACUGUGCGAUUUCGGUCGCAUUUUUUAUAAAGUUUCCCCGGCAGCUUUAACGUACGAACCGUCGGAGAGAAUGCUCGAACUGAGCAAACCCCGCAUUUUCGUUCCGGAGGAAUGCAAGCCGCCCAGGUUGUCGAUGUGCGAGAGGCGGGGACUGGACGAGGAAAGAUUACGACAAUUGGCCUUGGCAAAGAAAUUGCUCGAUUGCCCGGAUCAGCUGACUCCAGAAGAGAUAGCGGAACUUUUCACACCUCAGGGUAUAAAGAGGAGCGCGCUUACGUACAAGAUCACACCGUGGAUGGAUUAUUUGGCGCUGCCUCUGUACAAGAAGAUAAAGCCGAGAAAAGACAAGACCGCGAAAACUUGGAAGAAAGUGAUAGUCGAAGAAGGAGAGAAGAGAGGCAAGUCGGCCAUGGCUGCAUUCAAAAAGAAACAGGAAAAAGAGGAGAGUAAGAAGAGGAAGUCAACGAAGAAGUACAAGAAGAAAGAUGAGAAAACUCCUGAAAGUGGCGACACGGCAGACGAAGAAGAAAAAGAACUGACCGAAGAAGAUAAAGAAAAAGAGAAAAAAAGAAAAAUGAUGAAGCACGCUUGGAGGUACGCGGCGGAACCGUGUAAAGAUGAUCCGCACGGUGUCAAGAGAGGAGCGUUAAAGGGUCAAGCGUCUGAGCGUACGGAGGAAUUAGCUAAGCCACGCGAUCGCAAGGAUAAAGUGUCCAAAGCGAGUCCGUUCACGGUGAAGAAAAGCGCUUUGUCCGCUUCGGCCUCCGGAAGAGUCGAAGAUUUGGCCAAAGCUAAAAAACCUCGAAGUCCCGUCGAGAAGAGGCCACCUCGAGAGAAAGACAAAUAUGGAAGACCGAUAUUCAUAAUGCCUGUUUACGGAAAAGUGUUGCCCGAAGCACCACCGUAUCCGAAAGCCGAAUGUCCGUCGAAAGAGAAGAAGAAAGUCGUCAAAAGGCGUCCGAUCGAUCCAAUUGUUUACGAACCGACCUACGAUCCCUGUGAAUAUCCCGAAUGGGCGAAGAGGCAAAAGGCUGAGAGGAAAAGAGCCGAGAAAUUAUUACCGAAACGUAAAAGUAAAAGGAAGGCGAGAAAGAAGCGAACGAAUGUGUACAAAGUGGAAGCUGGAGAAGAGACGGAGGCUGCCAAAGAAGAGGAACCUGCCACAGAAACAGAAACAGAAACGGAAACAGAAACAGAGGCAGACACUGAAGAGGAAUAAACCGGUAGAUAACAGGCCGAUAAAAACAGACACGUGUAAUGAGAA